AUGAAAUUCGCAUUGGCUUUCCUAUUGUUAGUCACAUUCUGUGCCUUAACAUAUGCAAAAGCUGUCAGCAGUGAAAGCAACAGUGUAAGUUCAGAAUCCAAUGAAACCCGUGCUAAGAGAAGUUUAAAAUCAUCAGAAGAGAGCCUUAGUCAAAGCUCAGAAUCCAAUGAAACCCGUGCAAAAAGAAGCAUCAAAUCAUCAGAAGAGAGCCUUAGUCAAAGCUCAGAAUCUAAUGAACAACGAGUUAGAAGAAGUGCUUCGAAGGAAUCAAAUGGAAAGAAACGUAAGGAUCAUGGAAAGAAACAAAAUAAGAACAGCUCUGAGUCAGAUGAAUCACACGAGUCACAUGAGUCACACGAAUCAAAUGAAUCCGAUGAAAGAAGACAUCCAGCAAAACCAGCUUCCACAUCAACAACAACAAUAGUUGAGACAUCACCAUCAGAACCAGAAGUGACUACAGCAGCAUCUGAAAUUCCACCAACUGUAUCAGAAGAUGUUACAACAGAGCCUCCUCAAGUCGAAGAAACUACACUAGCUUGA